AUGGCUGCCAGCAACGUCCGGAACAAGGUCCGCUUCCCCGAAGACCCCAAAGUCGGACGUGUCGAAGCCUUCCGGUUUCUCGAUCUCCCGUCCGAGAUCCGCGUCCUCAUCUACCAUUUCGUACUCUUCACGCCAACACGAAGGAGCGCUCUCCGAUCUAAUGGCUCGGUCGGAGCUUCCGCAAAGAAAAGCAAACCUCUAGGAGCCCUCUCCGACCGCAUUGCACUGUUCCUCGUAUCGCAUCUCGUCCAUGAUGAAGCAACCCACCACUACUACUCCAGCCAGACCUUCCGCAUCUUCCCCGUGCAGGACUUUGCUCGCAUGCCCAGUGUGCGCGCCUUACCGCCUCGCUACCGUCCCUCAAUUACAACCAUUGAGCUGAUACUGGGGUCCAGCUGGACCGCGCCACCGCGGUCCUGGGAUGUGAAUCCCGGGCUGGGAUUGCAGGAGAUGGUGGGGGUGCGCACGCUCAAGGUGUUUAUUCAGUGCGAUCCCUCGCACCCUGUUUUCGAGGGGUUCCGCAUUUCCAAGGAAUUCUAUACCGAGUUUGCGGGGGCGCUGUUUCAGAAGAUUGUUGAGCGACUGCCGGGUCUUGUGCAGGUGGAAUUCGAUGCGUAUCCAUCUGUUCAGAAGAGUGGCUCGUUGAUGAGCCGGUUAUUACAUGACACGGAGACGGCGCAGAAAAAGAUUCUGUGGGGUCCGGAGCGAGGUUGGACAGACUAUGAUGACAAUAAUCAUAAAGACCACGAGGAUGGUCAUGAUGAUGCUGAUGCUGCUUUCGACGGGCUUAGGGCUGAUGAGCCAGACCUGACUGACCCGAGUGUUCGUGAGACAGACGCCGUGGACGCACUCGGAACCUCGUUCCAAGCAGUCACUCUGGGAUCGUGA